AUGGCCGACUCCGACGACGAAUAUGUCGGGGACCUCUCUGGUGACGAUGCCGGAGUCGACAGCGUCUACGGUACACGAUCGAAAGAUGGCGGAAAAGGAAAAGGUGGCCAGAAGGGCAAGGGAACCCGCAAAGCAGCCUGGGAAGAAGUCCACCGAGCCUGGGACGAGGUUGCCAUUGCCGAAGAUGGCAGCAUCACAGUGGCCGAGUUGAUCGAGGCCGAGAAACGCCGGCGGUUGAUGCGGGAUACCACACCGAUCCAGCGUGGAAUAAUACGGCACAUGGUGUUGGUGUUGGACAUGAGCAUCGCGAUGGCAGAGAAGGACCUGCUUCCGAACCGCUUCGCCCUCACCUUCUCCUACGCUAUGGAAUUUGUGAACACAUUCUUUCAGCAGAAUCCAAUCAGUCAGCUGGGGAUCAUCGGGAUGCGCGAUGGUAUUGCCGUCAGGAUCAGCGACAUGAGUGGGAACCCAGUCGAGCACAUUGAGAAGCUGAGGCAGUGGGCGCUUAAGGACCCUAUUGGGAACCCAAGUCUUCAAAAUGCCCUCGAAAUGUGUCGAGGUCACUUAUACCACACCCCCUCCCACGGCACCCGCGAAGUCCUCAUCAUCUACGGCGCCCUCCUCUCCUCGGACCCAGGCGACAUCUCCGACACCAUCACCUCCCUCAUCGCCGACCGCAUCCGCGUCUCCAUCAUCGGCCUCGCCGCCCAGGUAGCCAUCUGCGCCGAGCUCUGCGCCCGCACAAACGACAACGACGACUCCCAAUACCGCAUCGCCCUCCACGAGCAGCACUUUCGCGAGCUCUUCCUCGCCGCCACGACACCCCCCGUCACCCACGAGGCAGAGCAAUCAAACGCCUCCCUCCUCAUGAUGGGCUUCCCCUCCCGCUCCCUCGCAUCAAAAGAUUUUGUCUCCCUCUGCGCCUGCCACAACAAACCAACAAGAGAAGGGUACACCUGCACGAGGUGUAGAAUCAAAGUCUGCCGGUUACCCGCGUCUUGUCCCGUUUGCGGGCUGACGCUGAUAUUGUCGAUUCACCUGGCGAGAUCGUAUCACCACCUUUUUCCCCUCAAAUCAUGGGUGGCGGUUCCGUGGACAGAAGCAAAGAAGUCGGUGGCGUGUUUUUCCUGCCAGACGCCCUUCCCGCCUGUCCCGAAGGCUGCGCCGCCAAAGAUCAAGUUGAAGGUGAAGGAGUCUUCCGGUGUUGGGGGGCAGACAGCAGCCAAUAUCGCCAAGGCAAAAGGCAGAGGGGAGGUGCCUGCAAAGACGAAUACUGUAACGGCACCGACGCCAGGGUUGUUGCCAGAGGCGAUCAAGGCCGGGGUGAGCGAGAGCGGGAGGUAUAAAUGUCCAGAGUGUGAGGAGCAUUUUUGCAUUGAUUGCGAUAUUUAUGCCCACGAGACGAUUCAUAAUUGUCCGGGGUGUUUGGCGAGGCUGGUGAAGAGUCAGCAGCAACAACAGGAGGAAGUAGUAGGGGCAGGGGAGGCGAUGGAGGUGGAUUCAUGA